AUCCUCUCCUCUAAUUAAUUUCUUAAAGAAACAAAAGCAUUUCCUGUGGAGAAUCCACCAAACUAAUCCAUCCCAUGAUUCAGACGUAAUUUUUGAAACAAGCAAAACAUAUUUCUCAUUGUCUCCGUGUCUCUCUCUCCAACAAAGCUCAUGGAUUCCAAAACCCACCUGAAAUUCCCAAUCCCAUAGCCACAGACCCUCAGAUUCACUAUACCCACUUACCAAAAUAUACAAAGAAAUAGAAAACACUGAAAAAAAGUGAUAAUACUCUGUUUUUUUUUUUUUUUUUCCUCAUUUCCUGAACAUUUCCCAGAAUUUGUAGCUCAUUCCUAAAAUCGUGGCCUCGUUUUCAGGAAUCACAGAAAACAAAAACCCUGAAAGCAAAAAAACACUUGGGUUUUGAAUUGUUCUUUGAUUUUUUGUUUUUUGGGUUUUCGUUUUCCGAGUAUGCAUAGAUCUGGAGCUACGAUGGCCUGGAACGUGUUCAAAUUCUGUACCGCACUGCGAGGCCUGGGCUCGAUCAUGAUCCUUCUGGUUCUUGGGGUCGUGGGGGUGACUUACUACGCCGUCGUUUUGACCAAUUACGGCCAGGCUUUGUACGCCGGUGGCCUCGAUUCGCUCACCGCUCUUGCCGUCUUGAUCUUGUUCCAUUGCUUGUUGGUGAUGCUACUGUGGAGUUACUUUUCUGUUGUUUUGACUGAUCCGGGUGGUGUACCUCCUAAUUGGAGGCCUGCUAUCGAUGAGGAGAGAGGGGAGGCCGACCCGUUGAAUGUGUUGGAAUUCAAUAACUUGCCUGCAGACCAACCGGCAAAUCAAAGAAUCCGGUUCUGUCGGAAGUGCAACCAGCUGAAACCACCUCGCUGCCAUCAUUGCUCUGUUUGUGGGCGAUGUGUGUUGAAGAUGGACCAUCACUGUGUUUGGGUUGUUAAUUGUGUUGGGGCAUUAAAUUACAAGUAUUUCCUUCUUUUCUUGUUCUACACGUUUCUCGAGACAAGUCUUGUAACACUGUCAUUACUUCCACAUUUUAUAGCAUUCUUUAGUGACGGAGAAAUACCUGGAACUCCCGGCACCCUCGCAACCACUUUUCUUGCCUUUGUCCUGAAUCUGGCUUUUGCGUUGAGUGUUAUGGGGUUUCUGAUAAUGCACAUAUCAUUGGUGGCUGGCAACACCACAACAAUUGAGGCAUAUGAGAAGAAAACCACUCCAAAAUGGCGCUAUGACCUUGGUCGAAAGAAGAAUUUUGAACAGGUUUUUGGGACAGACAUGUGGUACUGGUUUAUCCCUGCUUAUUCGGAAGAGGAUAUACGACGGAUGCCGGCGCUGCAGGGGCUUGAAUAUCCGUCAAAGCCCGACUUUGAUUCCCAGGAGUUCUAAGAAUCACUGGUGCCACAUUUCAAUAAAUCCAGAAUCCGGCCUUGUAAGAUUUCUUCAAUUGAUCGAGUAGCUUUACAACUAAUUGGGCUUCUAAUACAUUCAUUCCCACGAGCAGAGAGAGAGAGGGCAGAUCAAGGAAAAGCAUGUGGCCUUGUGGGCGGCUGAAUAGUGAGGAUAGCUCGAAGGGCUAGUGUUUAUUUCAUGUUUUUAAUCAUAAUAUAUAUUGGGAAGUUAUGGAAGUGUAAGAUAAGGGCAGCAAGUUUUUUUUGUAGGCUUUGUUGUAUGGUUGAUUGAAUCUCAGUGGCUUCAGCACAUGUUAGGGAUGGCCAAUCAAGUGUACGCUUGUUUAGCAACAUGCAUGCCAGAAUGAAAUUGGAUCCUCUUUCCUACCACUUCAACGAGGAAGAUAUCUUCAGAAAUAA